AUGGCUGCUCCGCGCGCCGCGCCCCCGCGCAGCCCGCCCGCGCCGCGCCGGCUCCGGCUCCUACUGCCGCUGCUGCUGCCGCUGCUGCUGCCCGCGCCGAGCGACGGUCUUGGCCACUCUGCUGAACUGGCAUUUGCUGUGGAACCAAGCGAUGAUGUUGCAGUCCCUGGGCAGCCUAUAGUGCUGGGCUGCAGAGUGGAGGGGACUCCUCCAGUGCGAAUCACCUGGAGGAAGAAUGGGGUGGAGCUGCUGGAGAGUACCCACUCCACCUUGCUGGCCAAUGGGUCCCUGAUGAUCCAUCACUUCCGGCUGGAUCGGGGAGGCAGCCCUUCAGACGAGGGUGACUAUGAGUGUGUGGCUCAGAACCGCUUUGGGCUGGUGGUCAGCCGGAAGGCUCGAAUCCAGGCUGCAACCAUGUCCGACUUCCACGUGCAUCCUCAGGCCACCGUGGGAGAGGAGGGCGGUGUGGCCCGCUUCCAGUGCCAAAUCCACGGGCUGCCCAAACCCCUAAUCACGUGGGAGAAGAACAGAGUCCCCAUUGACACGGACAAUGAGAGGUACACACUGCUGCCCAAGGGGGUCCUGCAGAUCACAGGACUUCGGGCUGAGGACAGUGGUGUCUUCCACUGCGUAGCCUCGAACAUUGCCAGUGUCCGGGUCAGCCACGGGGCCAGGCUCACCGUGUCAGGCUCAGGCUCCGGGGCCUACAAGGAGCCAAUGAUACUCGUGGGGCCUGAGAACCUCACCCUGACAGUGCACCAGACUGCGGUGCUUGAGUGUGUCGCCACGGGCAACCCGCGCCCCAUUGUGUCCUGGAGCCGCCUGGAUGGCCGCCCCAUUGGGGUGGAGGGCAUCCAGGUGCUGGGCACUGGCAAUCUUAUCAUCUCAGAUGUAACCGUCCAGCACUCCGGCGUCUAUGUCUGUGCAGCCAACAGGCCAGGCACCCGGGUGAGGAGAACAGCACAAGGCCGGCUGGUGGUGCAAGCCCCAGCUGAGUUUGUCCAGCACCCCCAGUCCAUCUCCAGGCCAGCUGGGACCACAGCCAUGUUCACCUGCCAAGCCCAGGGUGAGCCGCCCCCUCAUGUCACAUGGUUGAAGAAUGGACAGGUGCUGGGGCCAGGAGGCCACGUCAGGCUCAAGAAUAACAACAGCACCCUGACAAUUUCUGGAAUCGGCCCUGAGGAUGAGGCCAUCUACCAGUGUGUGGCUGAGAACAGUGCUGGCUCCUCACAGGCCAGCGCCAGGCUGACCGUGUUAUGGGCUGAGGGGCUGCCUGGCCCCCCCCUCAAUGUGCAGGCAGUCUCUCUGUCACCCACUGAGGUCCGUGUGUCCUGGAAUGAGCCCCUGGUCAACACCAAGGAGAUUAUCGGCUAUGUCCUGCACAUCAGGAAGGCUGCUGACCCUCCGGAGCUGGAGUACCAGGAGGCAGUCAGCAAGAACACCUUUCAGCACCUGGUGAGCGACCUUGAACCCUCCACUGCCUACAGCUUCUACAUCAAGGCCUAUACCCCAAGGGGGGCCAGCUCAGCCUCUGCCCCCGUGCUGGCCAGCACCCUGGGUGAAGCACCUGCCCCACCCCCGUUGUCCGUGCGGGUCCUGGGCGGCUCCUCCCUGCAGCUGCUGUGGGAGCCCUGGCCCCGGCUGGCCCAGCAUGAGGGAGGCUUCAAACUGUUUUACCGCCCAGCAAGCAGGGCCUCCUUCACCGGCCCCGUCCUGCUGCCUGCAACAGUCUCCUCCUACAACCUCAGCCAACUCGACCCCACCACGGUGUACGAGGUGAAGCUGCUGGCCUACAACCAGCAUGGGGAGGGCAACGCCACAGUCCGCUUCGUAUCUUUGAGAGGAGCAUCUGAGAGGACAGGUACUUCAAGCCAAGAGAGCCACAACUCCCAACCAUCACCUGCCCCUCCUGCCCAGGACCCACCUGCCCCUUUGACCGAACAGGAGGAAGAGGACACAGAAGAUGAUGCAGGUGACCCCGAUGUGGAUGCCAAUGACGAUGCCUGUGGUGGACGUUUGCACCCCCUUAGGGUCCUCUUGUGUAAGGAUGUAGAAAACCAGCUCUCCCCUCCUCAGGGCCCCCGGAGCCCAAGGGAUCCUAGCAUCCUGGCACUGAAUGGGGCAGGACGGGGAGAGCGGGGCCGAGACAAGAAGCGCGUGGACAUGAAAGAACUGGAACAGCUGUUCCCCCCAGCUGGGGCAGCGGGGCAGCCGGACCCCAGACCCGUGCAGGAUCCUGGGGACCCUGCCCUGUGUGAGGAGACCCAGUUCUCCAUGCUGCCACUUGAGGGAUUCAGCCUUCUGGAGGAGAUGACAUCAGAAGCCAAGUCCCCCUUCGCAGGCCCCGCAGCUGCCCUGCCACCCCAGGACGGAGGCCCCGGGUUCCUCAGUGAAGGACAGGCUACUUGGGCCUCCACAGCACCAGCUGCCCAGCCAGCUCACUCAGGCCAGUAGCCAGUGUCUGGCAGGCUCCGGAGGGGGCAACCCCCCAUUCUCAGGUCAAAGGCAAGAUUUCUCCUGUCAUGUGGGACUCGGAUGGGGGCUUCCCAGCAUUUCUGUCCUGACUGCCCCUCAGGUUGUCAAGACCUAAAGUAGCCUCAGCAGGGACCUCCCUCCCUAGAACCUGGAGGGGUUCCUUCAGGAGCCCCUCCCUUGGACUAAUGUCCCCCCUCACCUCUGCCUGGUACCCACAUGACUUGGAACUGAACUAAUGUUUUCCUUUAAAAAAAAAAAAAGAAAAGAGAGGGGAAGGUGAAUUAGACUCCAAAAAUACGCCCCUGCUGUGGCUGGGCCCCUGACACUGUCACCCUCCACUGACCUUGUUUUCUCAGGAUGGAUUUUUGCUGUUUGGCUCUCAGCACCUACCUCAGCCGGAAUGAAUGUUUUUGGGGGAGUUGGGCCGUGGCCUCAGCCCCCAUCCCCAAACAGAGCCCCAAAUGCACUCCUACCUCAAGCCCCUGUAGGGGCACCCCCCUCUCCCUUCCCAUAUUGUUGUCAAGAGUUUAAAAAAAAAAAAAAAGAAAAAGAAAAAAAAAAAAAGCACUUCCCCAUUUCCAGGUGUGAAAGAAAACAUCUACCUCAAGGCUCGCUGGCUCUCCGGGCCUGGUUGUAUCACUGGACCCUCCUCCUGCCCGCAGCCCUUCUAUUGCUCCCCCAGAGAGGAGGCUAAGUCAUCAAGGGCAGGCCUCUCAGGAACUACAGAAAUAAAAAUGGAAUUGGUCAAAGAAAAUGUGAAAAAAAAAAAAAAAAAAGCCAAAAA